UCGCUUCAAACAAACCCCCUUUCGGCCGAAAUUUGAUAUUGAAAUUUUUUUAAUAAUUUUCGAAGCCGCAACACGUAGACAAAUUUUCUCACCAGAAUCCGCUCUCGUAAACUUCAAGAUGUGCACGGUAGCAAAGAAACGGGACAAAUCAUGGAACGAAAUGGAAGAGCUGAAGUAUCUCAUCUGCGCUAUAGACCGCUGCAAGUGCCCAAAUGUCCCGCCACCGCCUUCGUGCUGCGUAUUGCUUCCUCCGAGGGUCCAGGAAGUUCCUUGUCCUAUUCUACCCCAGAGACCAGUAUGUUGCCCUCCACCCUCGUGUCGACCUCCCAUAGCUAAAGGGCCAUGCUGCCCUGGUCCUUUACCGGCGCCUCCACCAACGAAAUGCCCUCCACUUCCGGCACCUCCGCCACCCUGCUGUCCACCGUGCUGCCCUUUGCCAUGCUAUCCAAAUGGUCACUGCUGAAUCGAGAAAUCCACUUUACGUCAACCCUUCCGCAAUAUCCUGUGAUAGUUCUUGCCAAUACACGUAUGCCCUUCGUAUGUUUCCACCUGAACAAUGUACUCACCUACGUCAGUAAAGUAAUCAAUGGAACUGCAGGAUUUGUUGGAAAUUAUUAGAAAGCCCGGGUACACAAACUGAAACUCGAAUUAUUGACUGGACACGUUGCCUUCAG